AUGUCCGACAAGACGCGCGAGGAUGUGGAGAUCCUCGGCGUCAACCACACGCUCGCGAUCGACCCCGACUCGCUGAACGAGGCCGGGGUGGUCUGGGCUCCCGCGGUGCGCGCGCUGGCGUCGGCGGUGGCGCCCAUCGUCGUCGCGGAUGCGGAGGCGCGGCGGUCCUCGUCCGCGGUCGCCUCCUCGUCGUCCGUCGUCGACUCGUCCACGGAUCAUCGAGCCCCGACGACGCGGAUCCUGGAGCUCGGCGCGGGAACCGGCGCGCUGGGCAUCGCGCUGGCGUGCGCCGUUCCCGACGUCGACGUCACCCUUACCGACCUCGACCGCGUCGUGCCGCUCAUGAGGACAAACGCGGACGCGACGCGAGACGCGGGAAAACUCGCGCGCGGGUCCGAGCUGCGGGUCGCGGAGCUGGCGUGGUCGCGCGACGCCGUCCUCGGACUCGACGACGCGCCCGGCGGCGGCGGCGGCGGCGGCGUCGACCGUCGCGAUGGGGGCGCGCGAUGGGACCUCGUGCUGGGUUGCGAGAUUUUGUACUGGGGCGGCUGGGACGUCUUCGCGGAUGACACCCGCGGGCCCCUGCUCGAGGCGUGCGUCGCCGCGUGCGAGGCGGGUGCGGGUGCCGAGGGGGUUGCCGAGGGGGGUGCCGAGGGGGGUGCCGAGGGGGGUGCCGCCUCCCCGCCCCAAACGCUCGUCGCGCUGGCGUUCACGGUGAGGGAUAAAGGACGCGAGUCCGGGUACGUCGCUGGGGACUUUGGGGAAAAGUUUUGGCUCCGACUUCUCGACGGCGCCGGCACGUUUCGACGGGUGACGGACGAGGAGGACGCGAGGCGGAUGGACGCGGAGGCUCGGGCGAGGAUCGAGGCGGCGGAGGAAGGGGACCUGCUGGUGCUGGGCGCGGUGGCGAAGCGUCGGAAGUAG